UCACCUCCUACGUCCGUUAUUCCACUUGCUGUUUUUACAAGGCUUUAAUUUAAUCAAAAGUAAACUUCCGGUGCGGCAUUUUCGCUUUCUGCACGUUUUGAUUAAAAACUCGGAAUAAUGUCGACUCCAGCGCCACCAAAACAACAACAGACUGACAAAGGCAGUGCUGUGGACAAGGAAAAGAAGAAGAAGGAGACCAUCCUUGACUUGUCAAAAUACCUUGAAAAGCCAAUCCGUGUGAAGUUCAGUGGUGGUCGUGAGGCUAGCGGCAUCUUAAAGGGGUAUGAUCCUUUAUUGAACCUUGUAUUAGAUGACACCACAGAAUUUUUAAGAGAUCCUGAUGAUCCAUUCAAGCUCACUGAGGACACAAGAAGUCUGGGCCUAGUUGUGUGUAGGGGUACCUCUGUGGUGUUGAUAUGUCCGUCGGACGGCAUGGAAUCUAUAGCAAACCCCUUCGUGCAACAGGAAGGGUAGAGACAACGGCCAGGAAGUGGUUGAUGUUUUGAUUAUGGCCUGCCUUAAUGUUGUUGAAUAUUUGUCAUGUACCAUCUGACAGUUUACAUGUGACAUUUUAGCAACAAGGGUGUAUAAUUAUUAUUCCUUUCUGUAGAAUUCAUUUCAUGAUAUUGGCUUGCUGAUUAAGAGUUUUUUAGUCGCUUUUGGUUCUUUUUCGUCAUUAAUCAUUUAAGGUCAAUAAUUUCUUAAUUAAUUCUCUAUAGAUCAGGACAAGACAAUUGCUAUGAAAUUUACACAGAAUAUUGUUUCAGAGAUCUCCUUUGGGGGGGCAUGAAACUAUGGCAUUAAUCACCAAGUCGAAUAAAAGCUUGUUAACACUAGAAGCUUUUUGUUUCGCUGGAUAAUUGUUAUAACCCCACAAACGAGGUUUAGGGGGGUAUAUAGGAGUGAACUUGUCUGUCGGUCGGUCUGUAAUUAAGUGUCCGCUCUCUAAUUCAAGUUGUUUUCAUCCGAUCUUCACCAAACUUGUUGUAUCUAGAUGAUGUCGAGGUCAAGUUUGAAUAUGGGUCAUGCCGGGUCAAAAACUAGGUCACAGGGUCACUAAGUGCGUUUUAAACAUUGAGCAUGGUGUUUGCUCUCUAAUGCAAGUAGUUUUCAUCCGAGAUUCACCAAACUUGGUCAGAAGUUGUAUGAUGUCUAGGUCAAGUUCGAACAUGGGUCAUGGCAGGUCAAAAACUAGGUCACGAGGUCACUUAGUGCAUUUUAAACAUUGAGCAUGGUGUCGGCUCUCUAAUUCAAGUAGUGAUCAUCCGAUCUUCACCAAACUUAGUCAUAAGUUGCAUCUAGAUAAUGUCUAGGUCAAGUUUGAAUAUGGGUCAUGCCAGGUCAAAAACUAGGUCACGGUGUCACUUAGUGCGUUUUAAACAUUCAGCAUGUUGUCCGCUCUCUAAUUCAAGUAGUUUUCAUCCAAUAUCUUCACCAAACUUGACCAGAAGUUUUAUCUAGAUGAUCUCUACGCCAAGUUUGAACAUGGGCCAUGCCGGGCCAAAAACUAGAUCACAGGGUCACUUUGUGCGUUUUUUAACAUUCAGAAUGGUGUCCGCUCUCUAAUUCAAGUAGUUUUCAUCCGAUCUUCACCACACUUGGUCAGAAGUUGUAUCCAGAUGAUGUGUAGGUCAAGUUCCAACAUGGGCCAUGCCGGGUCAAAAACUAGUUCACUUAGUGGGUUUUAAACAUUGAGCAUGGUGUCCGCUGUUUUUUGUGAAGACGACAUGCAAAAUAUUCUGUGUCAAUGCAGCAUGUGGGGGUAUUCGUCACGCCCUUGACAAAGCUCUAGUUAAAUUUCUUGUAUUUCUUCUGUACCAUUUAUAUGUUGAGAACAUUCAAAAUUUUGUCAAAUAGAGUUAGAGGUGGGCCAAAAGGUCAACUAAAAGAAACAGCCCCAGAAAUUAAAUCUCUGUAGUUUGAUGCUUGAUGAACAUGAAAAUCAUUAUGUCUCUCAGCUGAGCAACUUUAGAAUCUACAUUUCUGUAACAAGUUUGUGUGUUUACUGUGCCCACAAACGCUUGCUGACUAGGGAUAAAGAUACAUGAGAUUAAAUGGCAAAUGUCACCAUUUUGUUGGAUACAGUUCUGUACACCUAAAUGUCAGUUAUAUGUUAUGUAUGCUUUUUUGUUUGAAUGGAGAUCAAACAACUGUGCUUAACUUCUUUUAUAUAUAUUUGGUUUUGUUGUUGUUUGAACCUCUAACAAAACUAUAUAAUGCAGCCUCAUGUUACUGUUUUUUUUAAUGAAGUUACUUAUCUUAACUAGUUUUAGUAAUUACUUUCUUUUGGGAUAUUUGUUCACGUUCAAAGCUUACUUUAAUAUUAGUAUUGUUGUACUUUUGAUGUAACAUAGAGACUUUCUUGUGCGAACUAAAAUACGAAAAUGCCAUGA